ACUGGAUCAGUCAAUGGAAUGGGCGAUUCUUCGAGUGGAGUUGUCUCGCUCAUGUGGGACUCAUCAUACACCUUGGCCAUGAUGGCAAACAAUGUCUGGCGGUCACAGAUCAGUGGAAUUUGUUCGAAGAAGAUGAACCUGAAGACCUGCUCGAGCUUGAAGAUCUGCCAUUUGUGUCUGGACCCGAGUUCCAGCCGAAGGAAAACACCAUGGUCAUCGUCGACAAGUUCGGAGUUCAUCGCCUGGAGGUUCGAUGCUGUGAUUGUCCGAAUGCCAUGAGUCCGGACAUUCAAAUGUUUCGACACAGAUUUUUCCCUGCAUCUUUCAACAGGCCGAAGACUGUGUUCACCUUCAGAGUGCUCGAUGAUUUUCUACUGGACAGCCUUGAAUGCAGCAUCUCGGUGAUGAACUAUUACAGCAAGCUCCGGCGAAUGACCUUGAGCAUGUUUCCACACCUUGUUCCGGACCGAUACAGAGAGCUCAUGAGGGUCGCUCGACAGUGGAGGCAGUUGAAGACAAUGAAAUGGCAUGGCUUUGGCCAUCGUUCCGAUAACCUCACAGGAGAACUCGCAUUAUUUUGCCCCGCAUGUCCUCAGCCUGGUAUUAAUGUGCUGUUGUCAGAGGAUGAAUCACUUGAUGACUGGAAAUACACCCGGUCAUUUGUGAUGGACGGAAAUUUCAAAGCCAAACAUCUGCAUCCCAUUAAGCCAUUCGAUGAAGUUUGGCUGUCUGAUGGGCUUGGAUUCAUGGUAGGAAAGAACAGGUAUAAAAUGCAUCUGGCAGAGGCUGCUGACACGGUGGAAAAAUCAAGCUGCAACAACCACCGGGCAGUAAAUCAAGCUAAUGCUGCUCGGCACAAGCUGGAGUCCACCGGUAUCGGGGGAGUUGCCUGUGCCCGACAUGGUUGCUUUGUCCCUCACUCCAUGGUGGAUUUUCAGAAAGGCGAAAGACAAAUGAACAUGGACUAUGCCCUUUGCGAGGCUUCCCAGCACAACAUGGAAGGCAUCACCAGGGCCGUCACCUUCUACGAUAUCAACUGUCAAUACAACAAACACUUUCGGGUUCAGGUGGAUCGAAGUCAAUUUCUAGAAAUGGCACUGCAACUAACCAUCAUUCCCGGAAUUGGGUUGUGGCACAUUCAUGGCCAUCAGGACAGCUGCUAUGUCCGAUAUGCAUCAAAUUUCAUUGAAGGCAUUGGUCGGAUCGAUGGAGAGAUCAUGGAGACGCUAUGGGCAAGGCUCAAUCUGAUUUCCCCUGCUGCUCGGGGAAUGUCAUCUCCGCACCGAAAGGAAUGCCUUGAUUAUCAGAUGAAUGACUCCAAAUUCUGCAAGAUGAUUCGCAUGAAAAGGACUCUAUGCCGGAAAUACAAGCUGGCGAGGAAUGGCAUCUCAGAAAGUGGAAAGGCAUUCGACAGACUUGAUGAAGCAGCACCCGCACAUUUGAAGACGGAAUGGUUAGCCAGGGAGAGGAUAGCUCAGUCAAGCAGAGUGAAUGAUCCUGCAGCGAUGGAUGAAUAUGAGAUCAAUAUAAAAAAGGCACCGAGCAAAAAGGAGAUCGAGCUUAGAUUAUUAGAGGAGGGUAACGCCCGCAAUGCGGCACCCUCUCGCAGAUCUGUGGCGAUGUGGAUAUCAACGGGGUUGGCGAUUGAAGAGGCUCAGAUUGCAAUGCUCAUUGAGACACAGAGAUUAGACAUCGCCCGUCAAUGUGAUCGGCUCCAAGGCCAGAUAGAUGGAUUCACUCGGUCUGCUCUAACACAUCUCGGGGAGGGAUUUGAUGCAGAUGAUGAACCUGACGACUUGAAUGUAGACAUUCUCGAUGAUCUCGAUGAUGACCUGGCGGAUUUCACAGAGACAUCUCAUACAUGGACAAACUCUCCCAAGCUCACUGUAAUCCCGUUGCCAUCAAACCUGGGGGAUCUGAUUCCCCUGGAGAUGUCGCUUCGUGAAGGGCAGGCAAAUGAUGCCCUUCACAAUCUCCGAAUUUACCUGUGCAACAAGGCCAUCCUGUUCCGAACAACUGUUAGGCAGGCCAAAUCCCAGGCCCUGAAAACUCGAGCUUGGUCCCAGGUGACGUCGGUGCAGCAGGUGGUCUCCCUCCAUGCCAGCAUAUAUACAAAGACCAGGAAGCAAAUGAUGAAACUUGAGCCAGGGCAAGACCAGCUUCAGAAAUACAAACCCCUGCUUCGCGAGCAACUCAAAAUCAGCACUGCAGUGGGUGACCCAAAUGCCCGAUUUGACCUCAGGGGUCCCGAUCAAUCGACCCAUCCCAAGUUUACUGAGUCCAUUGGCUUUGGGCAAAGGCACUACGGGAUCGAUGGAGGGAAGAAAUGAUAUUGGUCAAAUUGGAGAUGGAUUGGACAUGUAACUUCUUUUUGUGGAAAGCAACCCAAUGGGGCGACCACAUGCAGGAAUCAUUGGAGAAACACCUUCCGGGUCAUGGAUGCUACGCCGGAAGGCAAUCCCAAAUGUAUUCAUUGCUUGCACAGGAUGCGCAGGCAGCUUUUCAAGACCUACAGAACAUGUUGAUAGAGGCUGGAGAUGAAUGAACA